AUGACCGGCCAAAGCCCUAUGUUAUCCCAGCUCGAUACGUCGGCCAAGUUACCUCCUCCGGAUAUCCAAGAAGCGAUUGCCGAUCUCACCUCGCUCCUCAAGGAAGCAGGGACUUGCGACGAUACCGAUAUCGACUUGAAGAAAAAGCUUUUAAACUUGACGGUUCUCAUCCACGAUUCCCUCCUUAAGUUGCGGUGGGACCAAGAGCAUAUCAAACCGGCCAUCCACAGCUGGUUUAGCAGGCUCGGCGACCCGUCUCUGCCUUGGGAUGGGUAUGCUGAGAGUUUGGAUGUUUCAUUUUUCCGCACCCAGAGCUUUCAAGACCUAGUUGAUAAGCAAAUCGCCAGGCAAGGCAGGCGUAAGCGCAAGGUUGCUUUCAUCGAGAUCGAUCUGCCCAAGACCAAGAAGGGCUCCAUUCCAACAGAGGAGCCGUCUGCUCCCGAGGUCAAGGCCGGAACUAAACGCGCCCGCGAGACUGACCCCCUCAGCUCCAGCCGAAAGUCGAAGAACCAGGGUGAAACGGACAAGGACGGAGAGGACGGAACGAGGCAGUCGAAGAAGAAGAAGAAAGCGGAUAAAGUGGAUACCCCUGAGGGACAGGCGGAAGGGACCAAGUCCAGCGCAAAGGCGACCUCCGCCAAGCCCCAGUCCUCCAAGGAGCCGAAACCAAAGGCACCUCGAAGAGAGAAGAUAGACGCCAAUGACAUUCAGCACUACGACCCCACGGACUUGGAUAGUCGUUCCCCGUCAAGAUCCCAGGUUCAACACGAACUGAUGGUCAGUGAGCAGGAGGGUCACCAGGAUGUCGGCGUAACGUCAUGGCUGACUCGGGGGCUGAAGAUACAGGAAUCCCAACUACUACUUAAAUCGUUCGUCAAGGGCCUUCCCCGAGACGAACUUAGGACGGAUCUCCAGCUCGUCGAACUUGCGGAGAAACGAGAGCGCCUCCAAGCCGACCUCGAUGCGUUCGUUUCCACUGCCGUUGGCCUGUUCCCGUCGGUCGAAUUUGGAGCGUACGAAAGACCUCCUGAUGCCGCGCCUGAAAUCGACAACGAGGACCCAGACGAUUCAGAUAUCGACGACGUUAGAGGAGCAUCAGCAGAGGAAGAUAACCCGUUCGUCAACUCUGAAGACUGUGACGUUGAGGACGUGGAGGUACCUUUACCAUCCUCAUUCGCCGUCCUCCCGCCGGCUAUGAAAAGGGCCAGAAAGAAAGAGAUCCAUUUACGAAUCGCCCAGGCGAACGAUGCUCUGGAGGGCAUCAGAACGGAAAUAGGACACAAGUCUUUCCUCUAUCGAUCCGACAUCCGUUUAGCGCAAGGGAAGAAACAAAAAACCCGCGGCUAUCAGUCCAUAAAGGCCGCCGACUCCAACAUGCGACAUCAUCUGCGCCUUUACAACCACGCCAGAUGGGCUUUAACGAGACUGCGCGCCAAACCAUCGAUACUGGACCGCUUUAAGGCGAUUCGUAAAGAGGAUACUAAGGCAAUUACGGCGGUCUAUCAACCCAACGCACCCGGUCAAUCGAAAUUAUCUUUAUCGUGGAUUUGGAGCGUGGAUGUCAAGGGGGAUUCGGAAAACUCCACGUACCUCAGCGAGUUAUACAGAGUUAACUGGAUAAGAGCCAAGGCUCGUUUAGACAGAUGGAAGGAGGAGAACACUCUCAUACGUUGUGAGAUGGGUUGGAUGCUCAACUUCUUCGAUCGGAAGGAAAAGAUUUGUUUGGGCUGGGCAGACAUGAGCGGUAACAGACCUGGACAUCGCGCCUACGCUUACCGUCAAGCUGAAAUGUGGAGGCUUCUGGCUUGCGAGGCCAGGAGGUCCUUCAAAAGCGCUCAGGAAACGGCGGAGCAACUGACGACCAACGCAGCCGCGAUCGGAUAA